UCCGGCCUUUGUAGCGUCAAGAAUUCAGCGUCAGAUUCUCGCAAAGCAAUCAGCAAAUCAAACACUAUCAAUUUCACUUAAUUCAGUGUUUCGUUGAUCAUUGUUUUGUAGUGGAGGAGUAAUGGCGAUGAUCCCGAGUUUCUUCGGCAACAGAAGCAGCAGCGUCUUCGAUCCUUUUUCUCUUGACGUUUGGGAUCCUUUCAAGGACUUCCCUUUCCCUUCUUCACUCACCAGACGUGCCCCUGAAACCUCUGCUGUUGCCAACACCCGAAUUGACUGGAAGGAAACCCCAGAAGCUCACGUCUUCAAGGCUGAUCUCCCAGGGCUUAAGAAAGAAGAAGUGAAAGUGGAGAUUGAGGAUGACAGGGUGCUUCAAAUCAGCGGGGAGAGGAAAAUAGAAAAGGAAGACAAGAAUGAUACCUGGCAUCGCGUGGAGCGGAGUAGUGGCAUGUUCUCGAGGAGGUUUAGGUUGCCGGAGAAUGUGAAGAUGGAUCAAGUUAAGGCUUCCAUGGAAAAUGGGGUUCUUACUGUUACUGUUCCUAAGGUGGAAGUGAAAAAACCUGAUGUCAAAGCCAUUGACAUAUCCGGUUAAAAACUUGAAGAUGCUAAAGCUGCUUUUAUGAUACUCUACCUGCUUGUCUUCCAGUUUGAUAGGUCUUCAUGUGUUUGCAUGUCUUGUAUAGGUUAAGAACACAUGAAAUCAGAUUUCUGCUAGUGUGCUUGUGUUUCGGAUUGAUAUGAUAGUUAAAUUUUGGUUUGCAAUACUAAAUUUUCGUUCUUUAAUGUAAAAUAUUGGUAUUACUGUAA